CACUCAGAUACACGCCCAUGGCAGAUCUGUUCUCAAAGCAGAACGUUGGGAAUAACAAUCGUGGAUGGAGGUUAUGAGCGGAGUGCUCUCAGCACGCGACGCCUGCAGUGUCUCAACUCUGGAAAGAUCCUAAGCGGUGGGACAGCGGCAGAGUGGCCAGGGUCCGUUCUGGGUUCAAAUCGUGGCGCGACCCCGUUCUGUCUGUGUGCCCUAGGCAAGUGGCCCUUUCCCUCUGGGCCUCAGCGUCCCCAUCUGUAAAACGGAAGUCAUCGUCCCCAGGACAAGACGUCCAGUGGUCUGCAGAUGGCCAGGCCCCAGAAGACUGUGCAAGCCCUUCCUCGGAGAGAAGAGGUCCGGGCAGCCGCCGCCAUGCCCGUCCUCCUGCCGGGCCUGAAGCACAGCUGCUUUGACCAUGCUCCACGCCAGCGGCGCCUCCGCCCCACCCGGCGCCUCUGCAGUCCCGCCUCAGCUCCCGCUCCCAAAUCAUCGAAGAAGCCCAGGAUGCAGGCAACCGGGGACAUGUUCCCCACCGACUGGAGCCCGCCACCUGUAGAGUUCCUGAACCCGAGGGCACUGCAGGCUGGCGGGGGGGCCCCAGCGCAGAGCUGCGUGGGCACGGUGGGGCCUCAGGGCCUGAGGAGACUGGCCUGCCAGCUGCCUGAGGAGUUACAGCAGGAGCCCCAGGACUCAGACCACAGGGGGCGCCUGGCCUCCUUGGGGGGGCUGUUCUGGAACAUGGCAGGCCCUCGUCAGAAGGCUGCAGCUCCAGUGGUGGACACCCGCACCUCGUUUGCCUCUGGGGGCUCAGAGAGCUACAUCAAUAGCUUAGAAUACUUACUGCAGGAGAAGAGGGAACAGGCCCUGGAGCAGGAGCGCGAGAAGCUGCUUCUGCAGGGCUGUCCUGAUCUCAACUCCGUGGAUCUCAAUGAAGAUGAAGCGUCUCUCACACCCGAGCACAGGAUGCUGGUGGAGAGGUUCUCCAUGUCACUGCAGGUCAUCCCACCAGUACAUCCAGGCGAGACCGUGUUUCUACCCAGGCGUCACCCUCUGCCUUGCAUCCUGGACUGUUCACACCUGAAGCCACGCAGCCACCUGGAAGGGCUGUUCCUAAGCUCCCCGCCAGCCCAGCAGCUCUCCUUCCUUCGCAGCGGCCUCCUGAGCAACCUCUACCUGCACAUACGUGACUGCCCCGUGCCCCUGCUCCAGUGGUUGUUUCAGCUGUUGACAUGGCCUCCAGAAACUUCUUCGGGAGCCUUUGGUCUCCUGUGGGAUCUCAGCGUGGAUGGGCUCUUCUGUCAGUCCGAUGAAGACACGCACUUGUGGUGCCCCUCGCUGCAAGAGGUCAAGGAGGCGUUUCACAGCCUGGGAGCCUACAGCCCUGCUCUGUACCCCCAGGGGCCCUUCCGGCACGGUGGCAGAGGGCUUAAAAGUGAGACCAGCUUGAGCAGGAGUGAGCAGCAGGACACCCCCGUGGAGAUCGCCUUGGACAUGAGCCUGAGCUACAUCUAUAAGAUCCUGACACUGUAUGCCCUGGCCCAGCCAGGGGCCUACCCCGAUGGGAACCUCCUGGUCCUGAUCGAGCUGCUGUGCCGAGCCGGCCUGGACGUGGGGCUCCGCCUGCUGCCCAAGACCGACCUGCAGCAGCUCCUGCUCCUGCUCCUCGAGAACAUCCAGGAGUGGCCGGGGAAGCUACGGCCGCUGUGCUGCGCCCUGAGCUGGGUGUCAGAUCACCACCACAACCUGCUGGCGCUCGUGCAGUUUUUCCUGGACGUGACCUCCCGGAGCAGGCAGCUUCGAAGCCAGCUCAGCCUUGUGGUCAUCGCCCGGAUGCUGGGCCAGCAAGAGGCGCUCCCUCUCUGGCAAGAGAAGGCCCAGCUAUCCUCACUCAGCCAGCUCCUGAGCCUCAUGAGGCCAUCAUCCCUCGGGCAGUACUUGGGCGCUGAGACCUUGCCACCCUGCCGGGAGCAACAGCCAAAGGCCAGGGCAGAGCUAGACCACAAGGUCUGCUACCUGUGCCACAGCCUCCUGACACUGGCCGAGGUGGUGGUCAGCUGCCAGGACAUUACUCCAGACCAAUGGGGGGAGCUGCAGCUGCUGUGCAUGCAGUUGGACCGCCACAUCAACACCCAUAUCCGAGAGAGCCCCCAGGCCAUGCACCGGACCAAACUCAAGGACCUGGCAGCCCAGACCUACAUCCGCUGGCAGGAGCUGCUGACCCACUGCCAGCCCCAGGCCCAGUACUUCAGCCCCUGGAAAGACAUCUAACAGCGUGGCAGGGGAGGCCAGGGCUCUUGGCUCUGGCAGGAAGUGAAUGGGGCCUUGGGAACUGGAGGAAGCGAAGAAUGGAGGCCAGAGGAGGACCAGUCUGUUGAAGCCAGAGCCUGCCUCCGCCGUCCCUGACCCCACCGGGCAAGGGAUCCCUGGCUCGGUGCCUAGCCUGCCUUCAGCUCUCCUUCCUCUCCCAGCCCUCUCCUCUUCACCCAGGGUCUUUAUCUCCACAGCUCUGGUUUCCCUGGGCCUCCUGGGUCCUCCCGGGCCUCCCUACCCUCCUUCUUCUCUCUCUGUCACCAGUGUGAGGUUUCUUUGUGCACAUUAAAGUCUUAUUUCAGCAUCUGUGGUUUAGAAGAUUUCCUUCAAUCCCUAUCCUGAGGGCUAACGCCCAGUGUCCAGUUGCCUGACGUCUCUGCUCAAGCUUUCACAAAUUCUCACCUCCGACAGCCGUGUGACCGGGUCUUCGGCCCUGCCCCCUGCAGCAGAGGGCUGUGUGUAAAUCCUGAGGAAGAGCAGUUAUUCCUGUGGCCCCAGAGCUGUCAGACACCCAGAGAGCAGGGAUGGGGAACAUUUGUUUGGACCUAGUCUGGGACCACUCCCCACUGGCCGCCUCUACCGGAGAAGAUCUACAGAGUGAGAUGGUGGAUUGGGGCUGUAAUUACACUUAAUUCAGUUUAUUGUUAAGCUCUGAAAUCAACUCCCCAGACUUAGGAGCGAGGGGGCGGUGCCAAAGACAGUUCCAGAUCCUGCUUUUGCUUUCCCUCAGCCCUAGCCAAGAUCAGUGUCGUGGGCCCUGGUCCCUGAUGGGGUGCUGGAUGUCUUUGACCUGCCCGCCCUGGUAAGUGAGUAGGCCCUCUGUACCCCUAGGAGAUCCCUGGUAUCCCCUUUCUCCCUCUGCCCACUCCUCCAACCCUGAGAAUCCAUUUCUAGUCUCUGGCCCCUCCUGACUCUUUCUGGGUUGGGAUGGGUUUUGCAGGGGCCACCAGAGGUAGACAGGAAGUAGCAGAGGAUGGCCUGCGCCCACCCCUCAGCUCAACCCGAGUGUCCACCGAUGGAGCUCCGCCACGGCGGGUGCUUAUGACUUUCUGUGUGUGUGUGUCCCUCUCUUUUGCGCUUUCAUACCACCGGGGUCAGGGUAAGGCAGGCUGAGUAGGAGCGAGACUCCCACCAAAUAAAGGACUUUCAGGCCAAGUGGCUCAAUUUGCAGACCUGAAAUGUAGCCUGUCACUUCCUGGGGCUGUUUCAGACACAGCUGCCUCCCUCACUGGGUCCCCAGAAUGCUGGGAGAGAGGGUCAUCUAUAAUUCAGAGGGCACGAGCCCAGGGCAGAGUGCUGGGUGCAGUACGGGACAUCUCCCUGCCUUGCAGCCUCUGCCAGGUGAGAGGCGGAACCCUCUAUCAGGGUGACUUGGGUGCCCAGGUCACUUGACUGAGAGUUCUGGUUUCUGUUCCUGGCCACCUCACGGGCCCCCUUGGCUGGGGGCACCACUGAGGCCCCAGCGGCAUCAGGUAGGCCUGAGAUGCUCCCAUAAAAGUGCGGCGGCCCUGGUGAGCCAGCCUCCUUCACCCUCCCUCAGGGCUGCCCCUGCUUCUGACACUGCACAUCCUGACAGUUAAUCCUCAGCUAUUCAGUUUGCUCUGGAAACCUGGAAAUCACCUUUGAAAUUUCCCUUCUUUGUUCUCACUGCCAAGGGCAGAGAGGGAGUAGGGAGACCUGAGAGGCUGAACUGGGGAGUUUCCAGUUCUCAAAGCUGCCCCUACUUGGCUCUGGGAAAGGGAUCAGGCUGUCCAUCAGUGCAGACAUCUGGAGCCCUUCUCCUCAGGCCUGGAUCUUGUGCACUGCCCUGCCUCUCACUCCCCAAACACACUGAUCCCCAAGAGAGAAAUGGACACCAAGGAGAGAGGAGGUGUGGGUGACAACGCAGUCCCUCCAGAGACCUGGCUGUAACCUGAGCAGAGAGGUGCACUUUGAGGUCACCCAAGGGCACACGGCAUCCCCUGGGACGUGUAAUAGGCCCUCGCUGGAACUGGCUGGGAGCUGACCAGAUCUCCUAAAACUAGUCCGGGACCAGUGAGAGACUCGGCCUCCUCCAGGCCAGGAACUGCUCAGUGGUGCUGGCGACUUCUCUGCUUGCCCGUUCCAGAUCCCUGAGCCUCUGGGGAAAGGCUGAGGGAUAUCCUGAUUGAAGCCACUGGAAAAGCAUCCGGGGCUGUGAUGACGGAUGCUUUCCUGCUUCCUUUGGUGAUGGUGGCAGGGAGGGGUUGGGAAGGGAAAGGCUUCCCAGGUGGGCGGCUUCGAUAACUCUCCUUGAGGAGGAAGUGGAGAGAGGAAGCCCUUUUCCUAUGUCCCCGCUCACCUCGGUCC